UAAGAUGUCCAGUGUGGUUGUCUGUUAAAGAUUGUUUGUAAGAUGGAGAAGAAAACAUUGAUAGGUUUUGUGUUGCUAAUAAGCAUGAUGUUUGUGGGAAGUGAAGUGCAUGCGAAUGACAUAACAUGUAUCGAGGCCAUAACUCUUUUGUUGCCAUGUGAGCCAUUCUUGCUGGGUUUGGGUCCAACAACACCAUCACUUAAUUGUUGUACAAGCAUAGCAGUAAUAUUCAAAGAGACAACAACAGUUGAACUUCGUAGAUCCAUAUGUUCUUGUCUCAAGAAUGCUGCAUUUCAAGCAGGCAUCAAGCAUGACAGCGCCGCAAAACUUUCUCAAUUAUGUAAGACUCGCUUUUCGUUUCCCAUUGAUCCAUUCGUCGACUGUGAUUCGGUUGCUUGAUCCUUCAAGAUCUGCAUUCUGGAUAUAUAAAUAUUUAUAUGAUUUUGUAAUAGGAACAGAAGCUUUUGUUGAUAUUUACUCUAAGAACUUUUAUCAGUACUGGGUUAGGGAAAAAGAAAUUAUCUAUGAUGUUAUAAAACUUUAAUAUUAAGUCAUGUUUGU